UUUUCCAAGGAUCUGGUAUCCUAAAUGCUACACGAUGGUUGUUUGGUGCGUCGCUGAUCAGUGCGGUCAGAGAAGGGAAAUCAUAAUGAAUGAAAUCCCGUUGUGCCCCCGUGAACUGUUCACUUGAAGUUGUCGCACUAUAGACAUGAGCCUGCAGAGCAAUGUCAUGCUGGAGUUGGCAGACCAGGCUUUCCUAGCCGGAAACUUUGAAUUGGCCGCGGAUAUCUACGAGUGUCAGCUUCGGGAUUUCGGGGAGCCGGCCACUCAGCGGGAGCUGCUUCUCAGGAGGGCCGAUGCCUUAGCGUUUGGGGGGAGGCUGAGUGAAGCCUUUGAGAUCUAUAGGAGAGCCUCGAAGUUGGAGCGGCUGAGACCGGAGCAGCUGCAAAGGCUCACCGAGUGUCUCAGCCACAGCAUCCGGAGCAGAGGGGUGAUUGACAGCCCUAGGAGCCAUCAAGGUUGGACUUGUUACGAAGAGUUCGCGUGCCGAAUCUGUCAGGGCUUCCUUUACGAGCCUGUCACACUGCCUUGUGGACACACGUACUGUAAAAAGUGCCUGGAUAGAGAUCAGGGAAGGGGUUGGGCAGCGGGCUGCAAGGAGUGCAAGGACACCAGCAAAGCUGCAGAAGUGACAACCCACCGGGUCAACGUCCUUCUUGGAAGCCUACUGGCCAAGUGGUUUCCAGCUCAAGUCUUGGCGGUGCAGCUCCGACAUCAGGGUAAUGUGCUAUACGCAGAGAAAAGGAUUGACGCGGCACUGGAGAAGUACAAUGAAGCAAUACGCCUAGCUUCCAGAGACCAUGUACUGUUUAGCAACCGGUCACAAAUAAAUUGUAAUUUGAAAAAAUAUGAAAAUGCACUAAAUGAUGCUGAGAUUGCAUGUUUUCUGCAGCCACUUUCACUGAAGGGACACUUAAGAAAAGCACAGGCACUGACUUUUCUUCGUAAAAGUGAAGAAGCUUUAACCGAAUACCUGUUCUGUAUAGCCUUGGACCCUGAAAACAAGAUUGCAAAAUUGGAAGCUCAGAAGCUUCUGAGUAAUCUCUUUGCUCCAGUCCCAGAGGACGUUCAGGAAAGAAUUCCAGACUGCGUGCGCCUCCUUUCACCUCGAGCAAGAUUGAAGGAAGGCACACAGCACACCCUAACUUGGGAGAGCAGCACACCUUCAGGUUUUUAUAAUGAACAUUUCAGAAAACGAUGCCUCCUGUCAUCUCAAGGAAAACUCCUAUCAGUCAGUCUGGAAAAGGCAUCUGAGGUAACCAGCACCAUAUCUUCAGAAGACCAAAGCCAAGCAGUAGGAACAGAGGAAGAUCUUCGUCCACGUGAAUUUAGCAGAAAAAGGAAGCACAAUGUGGAAGAUGAAGAGACUGCAUAUGGCUUAGGAGUGCUUAGUAAACAUGCAAAACUUGAGUCAGCGCUGAACGAAGUGCCCUCCCGGUGCAGCCCUGUGAUAGAUGCCAGUGACCUGGAGUGCCCCCUGUGCAUGAGGCUUUUCUACGAACCUGUUACAACACCCUGUGGUCAUACGUUCUGUCUGAAAUGCCUAGAAAGAUGUCUGGAUCACAAUGCCCAGUGUCCUCUGUGCAAAGAGGGCUUCUCCGAGUACCUGGCACAGAGGAAGUAUAGCAAAACCUUUUUAAUGGAGGACCUCAUUGCUAAAUAUCUACCGGAAGAACUGGUGGAGCGACGAAAGGUUUAUGAGGAGGAGAUGGCAGAGCUGUCCAAUCUGAACAAGAACGUGCCUAUUUUUGUUUGCACUAUGGCCUUCCCCACAGUACCCUGCCCACUGCACAUUUUUGAACCCUGUUAUCGACUGAUGAUUCGGAGGUGUAUGGAGACUGGCACAAAACAGUUUGGGAUGUGCCUCAGCGACCCAGUCAAGGGAUUUGCAGAUUAUGGCUGUAUCUUGGAAAUACGGAAUGUGGAGUUUUUUGCUGAUGGGCGCUCUGUGGUUGACACCAUUGGAAAGAGGCGUUUUAAAGUAAUUGAGCACAGCCAGAGAGAUGGCUACAAUACAGCUGAUAUUGAAUACCUAGAGGACAGGAAGGUGGAGGGUGAAGAACUGGCCAUGCUGCUGACGCUUCAUGACACAGUUUAUGAUCAAGCUAUUAUGUGGAUUAAUUCCCUGAAGUCAGAACAGAAAGAGAGAAUAGUAAGCCACUUUGGGCCCAUGCCUGAGAAGGAGCCAGAACCUCAGAUGAGUCCCAAUGGUCCAUCCUGGUGCUGGUGGUUGCUUGCCGUCCUGCCUCUGGAAGGCCGAGCUCAGCUGCCUUUCUUGGCUUUAACAGCACUGAAGGAUCGACUCCUUGGUAUUCGUCGAGUGUUAAUGUUCAUGUCACGCAAUCGCCUUCGAUGACACAAGGCCUGAACAGCUUUUCUAUGUGUAUAAUUGAAACACCAGGACUGUGUUUUUACACUACAUUGACUUCCCUUGUAGUUGAACGAAGUUCAAAACAAAAAAUUUAAAGUACAGUAUAAAUAAUGUGUCUUUUAGGUUAUCGCCCUCCUCCCACAAUAGUGGGCUAAGAUAAUCUUUGAAGUGAACUUCAUAUGAAUGCAGUGACUCUUAUAAAAACAGCUCAGCACCUCAUAUGCAAAAGAAGGUGACAUUUGUGCUUUGCUCUUAUUGGCUGUCACCAACUGGGCUUCCUUCAGUAAUAACAACCAUUAGGUAUGUUUAUACGUUAUCACACAGCUCUGCUUCCUGAAAAAUGCCUAAGGGUGCUUCCAGCUAAAAAAAAUAGACACAGCAAAUGACUCGGGCACUACAAAAUGUGCUCAUCUUUGUUAAGCACUGGAUUAUCGUCUUAACCCUACCAGGAAUCCCUUUUCUUUGUAAGUCUGUAAGUUGGAUCUUUUCAAGGCUGGGUCACUUUAAAUGAGGUAAAUACAGAGGUUGCUAAUCUGAAAACUGGGGUGACUGUAAGAUUCUGCAUAGUUUAUGGUUUAGCUGUACAAUCGGAAGAAACAUGAAAAUUUUAGCCUUUGCUAAUGUAAAACUUGAUAUCUAGUCAAAUUAUGUCAAGACUGUAUACACCUUUUCAUAAGAUCUUGUAAACAACAUUUAAGUAAAAAUCACAUAAACCAAUAGAUGUUUUUAAGCAAAAUAAUCUCAAAUAAAAAAAUCAAAGAGAAUGCAUUGACAAUGCAUAUCCAUAGUGUUUGUAUGUAUUACUCACAUAUUAAAUUUUUAGCACCCUAGUAGGUAGCGUGCCCAGAUUACCAUGUGCUGUCAUCUAAAUUCCCAGUAAAUAAAUAUAAGGGUUAGGGUUAGGGUUAGGGUUUCAUGCUAAUUCGGGAGAGAGGGUUAAUCUUUUGUUGUUUUUGCCCUAAAAGUGAAGUCAAAGAAUGCAAACUACAUUGGACUUGCACACAAUACACUCCCCUAUCAUGCUUAGCUACCCCUCAAGACACAUUUUCAAGCCUCCUUUACCUAAUAUAAUAUUUUUAAUUCCAUAAGCUUUUUUACUAUACUUUUCCUUCAUGCCAUACCACAUGCAUUUCAGAAGAAGUCACCCACCAGACACUAAGCAUGUUCAGGCCCAGCCAGUACUUGGAUUGGAGACCAUCUAGGAAAAAGCUUAAGUUGCUGCUGGAAGAGGUUUUGGUGAGGCCAGAAGUUGGUGAUUACCCUGUAGUCUGAAUGUGGAUACCAAUGCUCCAGUGCAGUGAUGGUUACAAUGUGCUGUAAAAACAUAAACAUAAAACCGAGGUCCUGACUGUCUGUGGCCAUAACAGAUCCCUGGGCAUCCAUCGUAAAAAGUAGGGUGUAUCCCAAAGUCCUGGCUAAAUUGCCCACCAUGACCUGGUCAUUCUGGCCCCAUAAUCCCUGUCUCUAAUUAGUUGACUACCUCACCUCUUCACCACCUAAUAGCUAAUGUGUGGAAAGUGUACUGGCACCAAAAUGACUGCCGUUGCAUAAUCCAGGUGAAUGCUACACAUUAGUGGUGGUUGAAGCAGCUCCCCCACUCACUAUGUAAAAGCACUUUAAGAAGUGAGAAAAGCACUAUAUAAAUGCGAAGAACUAUUAUUAUUAUUAGUCAUGAUUAGAAAAUCCUGCUAUAUUUAUGGGGAAGGACUUCAACACAAUGUUUUCUAUCCAACUUAAUUGAAUUCAUUGUUGGUGAGGGUGGCCACAAGGGCUGCAUGGUAUGAUUAGAGACCAUUCAAAACAACAGAAAUGAGACACAUUUUUAUUCCAGUCACCAUCUAUCAUACUUAAAAAGAGGUACUCUAUUGCAUGAAAUCACUGAGGAAUUUCAAGCCUUGAGUUGUAACAAAAUGUUUCAACGCAGAACUGUGGUAGGUGUUGUUGGGCAGUGGAAAAGAGGAUCAGUUAGUUGGUGCCGUUAUACCUAUUGAACAUUGGGUGGAUAUAGCAGAGUAGUGUUUUGGUUUAUUAACAUUUAAAUACUUUGAUGGGACAUAUUCCUUACAGAUAUGAAUAUGGCUAGAACACAUUCAUGGUUUAUGGAUGAUGUACAGACAGGCUUACAUCUUUACGUGCCCGCAUGAGGAUUGCAUUUAUAUCUCUAGAUGUUUUCUGCACAAACCUUAUUUGUAUGUUUAAAGCAAUAAAUAAUAAUAAAAUUAAAGAAGUCAAACUUCUCUGAACAAGUGUUGCUCAUUGUGGGCAUCUGCAGUACAUUGUAUAGUAAUAGUGUGUCUGUGCACUUCAGUAAAGCAUACAUAAUGGUUCAAAAAUAAAGGCAUGUACAAGAAGGCUAGACUAUUGUUUAAGAUGGACCUCUCAAAAGAUGAAAUUACUGUUACUGUGUACCUUCAAUUGAUUAUUAUACUUUAAAAGAGGUAAUUGUUAAAUAAAUGGGUCAUGAGGUAGAGAGUUUCCUGGUCAAACACUGAUCCAGUGAUAACACCGUUGCUUCACGUUUGUACACCGCAUUGCAUGCCAGCACCCUCCUCCAUGCAGACUGAAGCUUGGCUCUGUGUUUACCUCAGUGCAAUGUAAAAUAUGUGCUACCAAAGCAAGAGUAUUUGUUAAGAGACAUGAAUGUAUAAUUUCAUUUGCUGCUAUUCUAUUUUGGAUACUUUUUCUAUGAAAGGACAUUCAUUUAACCUCUGCAAGAUUAAACAUUUUUUUUUCCUGUCUGUUACGCGUGAUGUUAGCCAAGUUAAUGACCUCAUCAUCCCUUAGCUUUAAGUACACAGUCUGUAUGGAUAAAAAAUUUUACUAAAAGGAGAAAAGAAAAACAUCAUUUCACAGUAGCUCCACUUCAGUAACUCAAUAGAAGUAUUAUAUACAAAUUUGGCUUAAUAAUAUUAUGGCCAUUAAGUUUGAUUUAAAAGGUUUUAAAUGAAUAACCAUAUUUUUUUUGUUUGUUUACAUGUUUCUGAGGUUGGUCGGUCACUUGAUGCCACUUUACAAGUCCAUUCAUCCCAAAGUUGUAGUUCUGUGCUAUGUUUUAGCUGGAAGUACUACCAUCUAUGAUAAACCAAUCUUUAUUAUUAUUUUUAUUUUUUUUGUAAUAUUGUAAAAGCACCUUUUGUUAUUUCUCUUGAAGCAAUAUAUUUUGUUAAGUACACAACCUUUUUGUAUAUUAAAUGAAAAUGUUCUCAAGUA